GAGAGGGAGAGCGAGAGGAAGCGAGCGGCCGAGCGCCCCAAGCCCCACGGCGCAGCGAGCCCCACGAUAACACAACUUCCCCACCUCCGCCACCGCCACCCACGGCCCGGCCCCGCCUCCGCCGCAUUGCCGCGCGCCGCCGGCCGGCACUCGCCGUCCGGACGCGAGAGGGAAGAGGCUCUAGGAAGCUUGGGGGGGACGGGCUAAGGGCAGCCUGUAUCCCGCCGUGGGAUCGGAGGGAGAGGCCGGGAGGCGGGCAUGUGCGAUCUGGUGGCCCGCACGGGCCGGCACCUGCAGCGCUACGAGAACGGCCGUCGCCUUGUGGCCGGGUGCAUACCAUUCAGAUAUAGAGAUAUUAAUGAUGAAGCUUCUGAUGAUGAACAAAAGAAACUUGUUGAAGUUCUCAUGAUCAGCUCCCAAAGUGGACCAGGUCUUCUAUUUCCAAAGGGAGGCUGGGAGAAUGAUGAAACUGUUGAAGAGGCAGCUGCAAGGGAAGCUAUCGAAGAAGCUGGAGUUCGAGGAGAUUUAGUGCAACUGUUGGGCUUCUAUGAUUUCAAGAGCAAGCAACCCGAAGCUAUGUGCAGAGCUGCAAUCUUUGCCCUGCACGUGAAGGAAGAGCUAGCCUCCUGGCCAGAACAGAACACCCGGCAGAGGAGCUGGCUCACUGUUCCUGAGGCGGCAGAGCAGAGUCGUUACCCAUGGAUGCAGGAAGCCCUUGUGACAGGCUUCUCUGCCUGGCUUGAGAACUGGAGAAAUGGUGGUGGCCGUGUGGAUCGAAGUGAAAGAUGACACCUACCUUAAGCAUCAGGGGGGCAGCAUCUGCUAUUUCUUGGUGUUCCCUUUGUAUCUUGCUUGGACUAAAUUUCCAGAACCUGACAAUACAUGAGGGCUCUCUGAUGCUCUGUAGUUUGUUGACUUUUGUUCCUUCACCCAUCCUCAGGAUAACAACAAUCUAGCCUGUGUCUUCAACUGACCCGAGGAUUGUUGGAAUUGUAAGUUGCUGAUUCUCGUGGUCGCCAGCUAUUUUACCCUUGUGUUGAGUCUUGACACACCAAGCAUUGUCCAUCAUAUGUGUCGUGUUGCCUUACUAUGGGAGUGUGUUUGUAAUGACAAUAUCGGGAGUCCUCUUGUUGAUCAUUGCAACUCUGCUUACCCUCGGAAAUAUCUUCUUGGGAAUGUUAAGAUUUCAAAUUUGAGAAUUUCUACGUUGAAAGGUCUAUUUGGGGAUUU